GUCAUAUACAAAAACAACAAACAUUACAUGAGGUCAGGCAAUAAGCAAGUAACAUUCCACGCUGGCUAGUGUGCUUAUGCGUUCCCGGCUUGUGAGCGAGGUAAUCGGACAACCCCAUCUUCUUCACCUCCUCCACCUAUUCCAGGUGGGGGAGAGGAUGGCCUCCUUCCUCCAUGUCCCCCUGCUGGGGUUGCUGCUGGUGGCUGUGGCCCCUGGGUGUUGGGCAGGAGACUGUAAGGGCCACAGACAGGUGCUCAGGGGCCCCCCAGGGUACGUCACUGACGGGCCAGGGAACUACUCUGUAAACGGAAACUGCGAGUGGCUCAUCAAAGCCCCCAGCAGCAAUUACCGUAUCGUCCUGAACUUCACCUUCAUGGAGACAGAAUGCACCUACGAUUACCUGUUCGUCUACGAUGGAGACUCCUACCAGAGCCCCCUACUGGCCAGUCUGAGUGGCACCACCCUGCCGCAGCCCAUAGAAGCCAAGUCUGGCAAGAUGCUGCUCCACCUCUUCAGCGAUGCCAACUACAACCUCUUGGGCUUCAAUGCCACCUACUCGUUCUCUGUGUGCCCUGGGGCCUGUGGAGGUCACGGGCGCUGUGACACGGCCUCCUCCCUGUGCCAGUGCCAUCUGGGCUGGGGAGGAGCCGACUGCAGCACCCCUCUAUGUCCCCAGGCCUGCAUCCUGCACGGCACCUGUGACAAGAGAGGAGAGCGUUGUCUAUGCAGCUCGGACUUCCUGGGCCAGAGCUGUCAGCUGGGUCUCCGUGAUGACAGUGGGGUGGGGCAGUGGUGGCAGGUGAGUGGGGGCGACCCCUACACGCCCCCCCGGACCGGCUCUGCUGGGGUCUACCUGUCCUCCACUGGAGCCAUGUACCUGUUUGGAGGGUUUGACUUGAACCGAGCUUUGGGGGACCUGGUUAAAUACAACUUCAGCUUGAACCAAUGGGAGAACAGAUCUUAUGGACACUCCCCAGCGGCUCGUCACUCCCACACGGCAGUAGAGUGGAAGGGGAACAUGGUGAUCUUCGGAGGAGAGCUCACGAGCGGCGCUUUAGCCAGCGACGUCUGGAUGUACUGCCCAAUCCAGGACGACUGGCAGCAGCUCGGCCAAUCCCAUUCGCCCGGGGCACCGAGGGUGGCCAACCAUGCAGCAGCUGUAGUGGACAACUAUCUCUACAUAUUUGGAGGUCGUACGGAAGAGGAUAUGUUCUCAUCAUCUCUGUAUCGGUUUGGUCUGCGGGAGUCUGGGGUGUGGGAAGCGGUGCAGCCCACCGGGGGGAAGCCCCCCGCCACUGCAGGCCACUCCAUGGUGUUCCACCCCCUGUCCCGGGCCCUGCUGGUUUACGGGGGCCACAGGCCUACCACCGCCAGGUUCAGUGUACGUGUGAACUCCACAGAUGUAUUCCACGUGGACCGGAGGUUCUGGACCUCGUUCCGCUCCCGUUUCCCAGCCACAGGCCCCAGGGAGAGAGCCUUCCACUCAGCCACCAUCAUCGGAAACUACAUGGUGGUCUAUGGGGGGAAUGUGCACAUCCACUACCAGGAGGAGAAGUGUUAUGAUGAGGAAAUCUUCUUCUACCACCUGGGAUGUCACCAGUGGGUGUCUGCUGGGGAGAGCCUCCAACACAGAGUAGAGGCUGUGAGAGGGCGGUACUCCCAUGUAGCUGCUGUGAUGGAAGGCAGGGUGCUGCUGGUUGCCGGGGGUUACAGUGGUAUUGCCCGUGGAGACCUGGUGGCGUACAAAGUUCCGCUGUUCGUGAGCAGCGACCCAGGAGACCGGGUGAGUCAAGAAGAUGCUGUGUGUGCCGAGGCACCAGACGAGAGCGUGUGUCUGAAGAACCCAGAAUGCAGCUGGUGUGAGGGCCGCUGUCGGGAGUACCAACCCACCAACCCGUGUGGCAGCACAGGGUGCCUGGGCCUGGCCCGCUUCCUGUCUGACUGCCAGUCCUGCCUGGUGUUCAGUGGGGCUCCAGGUUCCCUGCCCCGCGCCCCCGGUGACUUCGGCUGGUGUGUCCAGAACGAGUCCUGCCUACCUGUGUCAGAUCAAAGUGCUUGCCGUGUGGACCAGAUCUCAGGGGCGUACGGCUGGUGGGGGGAGCGUACCCGUUUCCUCACCUCACUCCUUUCCUGUCGCACUGAGAACUAUGUCCCGGGACUGCACCUGCUCACCUUCCAGAACCCCCGCAACGACUCCCAGCCUGACAAGGUGUCCAUCCUGCGCAGCACCUCCAUCAUCCUCAGCCCAACCACAGAGAUGGACGUCACCUUGCAGUUCCGGGGUUUCAUCCAUCCCCUGUGGGGUGCCCCUCCACCUGCGCCCCCUCCCACCGAGACAGUCUCAAUGUGGGCCCGGAUACAGAGGCUACACUUUGAGGCCCGCAUGGCCGCUGGACCCAACUCCCUGAAACUGAAGGAGGUGGUAGGUCGCUGGGCAGCUCACCAGGAGAAGGAGACGAAGCUGCUGUCCCGUCCUGACAUGGGUCGUCUGUUUCCCAACCUGACCCGAGGGAACCGCUACCUGGUCCAGGCCGAGGGAUACCUCAACAACUCAGGCUCUGGACAGACCAGUGAGAUGGCUCUGACCUGGAACAGAACCGCCCUGCCCGGUGGAAGUGAGAUUUCCUUCCUGUUCUUGGAGCCGUACCGUUCUGGCUCUUGCUCGGGGUACCAGUCUUGCUUGGCCUGCCUGUCAGACCAGUCCUGUGGCUGGUGCCCGUCUCUGGGCCGCUGUCUGUUCCGUGCCCUACCUGACCUGGAGCCCUGCCCGGAGGACCAGGGGGGAGGGGAGCGCCACCUGCUGCUGGCCCCGCCACAAUGCACCCUCUGUGAGGAGUACAGGGACUGCUCCGCCUGCACUCAGGAUCACUACUGUGAGUGGCAGAUCAACUCCAGCAAGAAGGGUGACUACCAAUGCAGCCGACGGGGAAGACUGGAUGGAUCCAUUCGCGACCCAGAGGGGUGCCCUAAAGUCUGCAACCAGAGGAGGACGUGUGGGGAGUGUCUGUCUAACUCCAGUCAGUGUGCGUGGUGUGAGUCGGCCCAGGCCUGCUUCUACUUCGCUGCCUACCUCACCAAGUAUCCCUACGGAGAGUGCAGGGACUGGUAUGACAGUGUUCACUCAGUGCCCCAGUGUAAGCAGUGCUCAGCUCUGGUCACCUGUACAGACUGUCUCCAGACGUUUCAGUGCGGCUGGUGUGGAGACUACAACAACCCCACCAUCGGCAGGUGUCUACGAGGAGACUGGGGAGGGAUGGACGACCCCUCUGUGUAUAACUGCAGUGUGGCUGUGGAUGAAGUACGGGCUACCAGUCCUGAGUCCCAGACCUUGGCUCCCCCGCGGCCCAUGGAGAUGGAGAUGGAGCUGGAGCACCUGGAGGAGGGGGAGAGGGACCCAGUCUGGUCCUACCCCAGCUGUCCCGAUGUGGAGGAGUGCAGGCUGGGCCUCCACAGCUGCCACCCCUUCGCCACCUGCGUCAACACCCCCACCUCCUUUGAGUGCCACUGUGAGAGGGGCUACACCGGGGACGGCACCCUGCACUGCAACCAGACUUGUUAUAAUGAGUGUCGUCAGGGCCAGUGCAGCGGCAGCCCGCGGUUCGAGUGUGAGUGUUCCCUGGGCUGGACAUCUGACCCAGCAACCCUGGUGCUGAGCGGGGUGGAGUGUGACGUGGACUGUGGCUGUAACUUCCACAGCACCUGUAUCACCGCCCCAGGCAUCUGUGACCACUGCCAGGAUUGGACAAUGGGUCUCCAGUGUGAGCACUGUCGACCAGGGAGUUUUGGUUCUGCGCUGGCCGGGGGCGGGGGCUGUGUGCCCUGCCAGUGUAACGGCCAUGGAGGCCCMCUCCUKGGCUWCUGCCACAAYCAGACAGGCCAAUGCUACUGCACACACCACACCCAGGGACCACACUGUGAAUCCUGCUUGCCUGGAUACUACGGAGACCCCAGGAAUAAUGGCACCUGUUUCCGUCAGUGUCAGGGGCGCUCUGUGAUCCUGUCCCACCAGUCACCCCUCUCUGAGCUCCCCAUCUCGUCCUCCCUGGGGUGGCGAGGGGGUGUCGGGGGGAAGGGGGGACUCUCCCACUGUCUGUGGGUCCUGUCUGUCUCUGAGAACCUGGCCCCCUGUGUGCCGGGCGAGCUGUGCCCUCCUGUGGCUCUCACCCUGCACCCAGACUCCCACACACAGUGCACUAGCUCCUACGUUUACGUGUUUGACGGCCUGCCUCGUUUCUUGAGCAACGGGGUGGUGCACUCGGACCACAACCUGAUUGGCGCGUUCUGUGGGACGACCCGGACUCAGCCAAUCACUGUGGAGGCCACUUCAGGUGUGAUCUCUGUGUACUUUGAGGCCAACGUCUCRUCCGACCGCCCUCAGGGUUUCAACGCCUCCUUCUGGGUGCGGCGCUGUCGCCAGGGUUCUGAGGCGGGGGAGGAUGGGUCACCCGUAUGCCAGGGAGGGGCGCAGUGCAGCGGGGGGCUGUGCCAGUGUACUCAGGGGUACGGGGGACCGUACUGCGACAGGCCCCUCUGUCCCGAGGGCUGUGGGCUAGCAGAGGGCCGAGGCUCCUGUAACUUGUCUCUGGGAGUGUGUGUGUGUGCAGACGGUUGGGGCGGCUCUGACUGCUUCACUCCUCUGGACUCCAGCAGCCUAGUUUGGGAAACCCUACUGGACACACAGCUCACAGCGGUAAGCUCAGUGCUGCCACCGGUGGCAGGUCAUACUCUAACGGUGCGUCGGGACUCCUCUAUGCUGCUCAUCGGAGGUUACUCUCCAGAGARCGGCUUCAACCAUCACCUGCUGGAGUUCAACAUCCACUCUGGCAACUGGACCRUCGCCCCCCACACCGGCACACCUCCUACAGGUCUGUAUGGCCACUCGGCUGUGUACCACGAGCAGACGGACGCCGUGUACGUGUUCGGAGGCUACCGCUUCCACGUGGAGACAGUGGAGCCCUCAGGAGAGCUCUACAGUCUCUACUAUGCCAACCUCGCCUGGUCCCUACUGGUCCCCUCACAGGGGAAUAAGCCCCUGUCUCGUUUCUUCCACGCAGCAGCCCUGAUAAAAGACACCAUGGUGAUCGUGGGAGGGAGGACAGGAGUGGAGGACUACAGCAACACGGUGUCUCUGUACCAGAUCAACUGUAACACCUGGAUACAGCCAGACUCGGCAGUGGGCGAGCCGGUUAACCGUUCAGUGUCUCUGGCCAUGGCGGGCUGUGGUGGGCGGCUGUUCCUCUCUGGGGGGUUCAACGGGGUCACCCUGGGGCGUCUUCUCACCCUGACCCUUCCCUCUGACCCCUGUACAUUGCUGCCCACGCCCGAGGCCUGCAACACCACCACAGGCAGCUGUGUCUGGUGCAGGGGCACCUGCGCCGCCUCCGAUACUGCUGAGAGACUGGGCUGUUCCAUUGGUCAGUCUCCCUGCUCCCCCACCCCUCGUCUACCAGACCAGUGUCGCAGACUGAAGACCUGCAGCGAGUGUCUGGCACGCCACCCCAGGACCUUCUCUAGCCCCUCACAGUCCCAGUCUGCUCUGCAGUGUAAGUGGUGCACCAACUGUCCAGAGGGAGCAUGCAUCAGCAGUACAGUCAGCUGCACCUCAGAACACGACUGCAGGAUCAACCAGAGAGAGAUCUUCCUGUCCAGCAACUGUACUGAGACCAGCUGUGAGGCCUCCGACUGCCCCAAGUGCACCGCCUCAGGGAAGUGCAUGUGGACACGCCAGUUCAAACGCACUGGCGAGACCAGGCGCAUCCUGAGUGUGAACCCCACCUACGACUGGACGUGCUUCAGCUACGCCCUGCUCAACGUGUCCCCCAUGCAGGUGGAGUCCUCCCCCCCUCUGCCCUGCCCRCCCCCCUGCCACCACCUCAGCACCUGCAGCCUCUGCCUGGGCUCCCGGGGCUCAGACGGGGGYUGGCAGCACUGUGUGUGGAGCAUGGCACUGCAGCAGUGUGUGAGUCCAUCCUUCGUGCCUCUGCGCUGUGAGGCGGGUCAGUGUGGUCGUCUGCUGUCUGGUGGGGACUCCUGCUCCCCCCAGUGCGCUCAGCUCACCCAGUGCUCUCAGUGCAUCGCAUGUCCCCAGUGUGGCUGGUGUGCUGCCCGGGGGGGCAACGGGGCUGGACGCUGCCAGCAGGGAGGCCUCGACGGUGUGAGUGAGGGAGUGUGUSYCCAGAGAAACAGCAGCUGGUCCUUCCUCCACUGCCCAGAGGAGGAUGAGUGUGCCAACGGCCACCACCACUGUAACAUCACCCAGGACUGCCAUGACCUGACCCAGGGAUACCACUGCACCUGCAAGCAGGGCUACGUUCUCAGCCGUGUGUCAGGCCAGUGUGAGCCGGUCUGUGCUCAGGGCUGUGUCAACGGGACCUGUGUGUCCCCGGUGACCCCUGUAUGUGGGUCGGCGGUGGGUGGGGGGACGUGUCGCCCCUGUCGGGAGUUCUGCAGGGGGAACAGCCGCAGUGUGUCUGUCCGGGACGAACACAAGGAGGAUUGCUUCAAGGAGUGGGAUGGUGACGGAAGGGUCCUACAGAGGACUCAGCGGUUUGUGUGCAGCUGCUCAAACAACAGCGUGGGGGACAAGUGUGAGAGCUGCCUCAGCGGCUACUUCCUACUGCAGGGGAACUGUGACAAGUGUCAGUGUAACGGCCAUGCAGACACGUGUAAUGAACAUGACGGCACAGGCUGCCCAUGCCAGAACAACACAGAGACCUCUUCCUGCCUCAGCAGCCCGCAGAGCGACAGGAAGGACUGCUACAGAACACAGUGCGCCAAGUGCAAAGACUCCUUCAAUGGCACACCGGUAAACGGGCGCCAGUGUUACCGGCAGUUCAACGUGGACAAUGAGUGCUGCUUCGACCCCACCUCUCAGACAAACUGCUUCCACGACCCCACCAUCCGCAAUUUGCCCAAGGGACGCACCGUCUUCUUCGCUGCCCAGCCAAAGUUCACCAACGUGGACAUCCGGGUCACCAUCGACGUGACCUUCGGGGAGGUGGAGGUUUACGUGUCCAACUCCCAUGACACCUUCAUCGUAGAAGUGGACCUCCACACAGGCAUCCACGCCAUCAAGAUCGAGGACGAGUCGGCGCCCGAGGUGGGGCGAGCGGGGGGGAUAAGGAGACGCCUCCAUCACCUAUUCAGCCGCUUCUACAUCGCCCUGCGCGGUGUAGGCACAGAUAAGAGACGGGGCGAGUCCCAGGGCCUGCUCUUCCUCCGCCAGGACCAGGCCCACAUCGACCUGUUCGUCUUCUUCUCUGUUUUCUUCUCCUGCUUCUUCCUCUUCCUCUCCGUCUGGUGUCCUCCUCUGGGAAAGAUCAAGCAGUUCAUGGACUUCCGCCGAGAGCAGAGGCGUCAUAUCCAGGAAAUGACCAAGAUGGCGUCCAGGCCCUUCGCCAAGCUCACCGUCUAUUUGGAGCCAGAGGAGCCCCAGCUCAUCUACCUGCCCUCCACAGGGGGCGGAGGGGUGGGGGGCAGUGCCGUGUCCCUGGCCCAUGCACGCACAGGCAAGCUGGGGGGCGUUGUAGUUGGCCAGAGGGGGCGAGCUGGAGCCGUCUCCUACAAACACGAGCCAGGCUCCGGCCCCACCGUCCACCACCACCACCACCACCUUACCCUGGGUGGAGGGGGCAACAGUGGGCAACAUCUGCCCCUGCAUUACCUCAACACCCACCACUAUGUCCCCACCAACACCACGGCCUCACACCACCACCACCACCCAUCCUCCCACAGCGGCUACCAGCACUUCUGCCGCUCCGACCCCUUCCUGUCCCAGCUCAUGGGCUUCUCCUACUCCACCUUCAAGGUGGGGCCAAUCACCCUGGAGCCCACGGACGAUGGCAUGGCCGGGGUGGCCACGGUCCUCAUCCAGCUGCCGGGGGGCAUCCUGGCCCCUAAUCGCGCCUGCCUGGGGUCCGCCCUGGUCACACUACGGCAGAACCUCCAGGAGUACUGUGGUCACGGCAAUGGAGGCGGACACCCCGGGGCGGGAGGGGGGCGCAAAGGCCUGCUAGGGCAUCAGCACCUCACCACCAUGGCUAUGUAGAGGGGGAGGGGGGGAGAAAGUGGAUGAGAGAGAGGGGUAUGUGGUGGGGUGGUAAUAACAUGUUAAGAGGUUAGAAGAGAGAUGGGGAGUUACAUGAAAAAGGCCAUAAAGGAGAAAGUUGUAUAAGAGCCUGUUGAAGUUGAUAGGAUCAUACCUGUAUUUACACUGUUUCAAUAUUGAUUGUCUUUUAUUCCGUUAUGUAUCGCUUUAUUUCAAACUCUAUACGUGAAUAGAAUGCACUACAACUGCACGUUAUAUCAGCUCAACCAUUCAGUUGCAUCCUGUCUGCGUCCGCUAUUGAGCUAUGAGUGCAGCCGACAACCAGACGCAUAGACAGACUUUUGCUGCACUGUCGUUUUUUUGGAAUGACCAAUAAAAGUAGAGAUGAUAACUACUGGCGUUGGAACCAACAUGUGCUUUAUACCCCAAAAAGUAGCAAUCAAUCAUUGCCAAUAAAAACAAGAGAUAGAAGGCUUAGUCCACCUGGAUGUGCAACAUCGAAUUGACAGGAUAGGAUUAAAGAAAGUGAUGCUUGUUUGUCAGAUGUUUUUUAUAUCAUGGCAGUAAUGAUGAGUGAUGUUAAUAUAUGGCAGGCUUUUAAGCUACGUGUCUGUUUAUUAACUCAAAACCCUAAGUAUAUAUUUGUACAUGUUCAUUCACAUGACCUGUUACAUGGUUCUUUAUCGGUUUCUGUUGUAUUUGUUUCUCUGCUCGUCUGUCUUCAGUUCUUAUGCAUUUGUGAACUCCCAGGACUACACUAAACAAUCCUGUUGUGUAUCGUCUCCACUUUUGACACAUUUCAUGUCUGUUUUAAAUAGAUUUAGUUACAAAUGAAGGAUUUAACUAGGUUAUCAGACUUCUGUCCCUGUAGCCAUUUUGUGAGUGAAUAACAUAACACACUAUGUAUUGUUUAGUUUCUAAGGCUUUUAUUUCAGUUCUUUGAUAUGAACUGUAUGUUAACUUUUAUGGUUUUGUUUUUAGCUCUUUUGAUUGGAUGAUAUUUAUCAGCCAAUGAGGGCUAUGAUUAGAACUGAAUUAACUUUUUGGAUUUGUCUUGUUACAAAUGGAACAAGAAAACAAUUACAGUAUGUGGAACAAAAAAAAUUAUGGAAAUUGUCAGAUUAUAAUGGAGACAAAGGAAAGCGACAAGAUAUGUGCAAAGCUACAUCUUCCUGGUGAAAGAUAACAUGAAUGAAAAAGGUGUUUUAUUUUCAAGGAGGGUGUGGCAUUUUUUGUUAGAUGUUUUUUGCACUCUUAAGACAUAAUUUUCCUUCUGUUUCUCAUAUGAAUCACUACAAGAUGAAUCGCCCCAUUAUCUUGGAACAAUCUGAAUGGUGCUACUGGAUACACUACACAAAACAACCAUUAGACUACAAAAUGAUUGGUCAUUCAGAUAGAUUUCUCAUUUACAUGUAUUUAAUCAAAUAUAUAACAAAAAUAACAGCUUUCUUGUUUAGUAGCAUUGCUCCUAAUUAAGGAAAAUUGUAACACUAUCUUCAGCUACCCCCGAGUCUGGUCACAAGCAUUAUUAGACUGGUUACAUUUUUCUUGUCUUGUAUUUGUUUACCUGAGUAACUUUUUUACAGUUUUCAUUUGCUCGUUUUUUUUUGUUUUUUUAAAGAGAACAAGUGAUGUACAUAAGAUGGUUGGUUGCCUGCCAGGCUCUUUGUCCUGGUGAUGAGUAGGCUACAAUAUUAAAAGUCCAGGAAAGAUGGCACACUUUUGUGA